CCAAGGUUUUUAGUCGUUCGUGAUAGAUUCUGGAUGAGUAGCCUAGCUCAACACGCAUUCCUCGGUUAAGGCAUUUUGAAGCUGUCCUACGUCAGCAGCAACCUCUGUCUCAGCAGCCAGUUAAACAAUGAUACAACUUUUAUACGACUUGUUUAGUUAACCCGUUUAACUAAUCACACAGCAUUCAGAACUUUGCGUAAUGUAGCCUAGACGUUGUCUGCAUUUUCCGUUGAGCUACCGGUGAGGUAGCCCCCCUCUCUCUCCUUGGGACAUUCGUGUUGCUUAGUGGACAGGAAAAGACGUUUUCCUGGAGAACAAUGUCUGCUCCCCGCUAAGAGUUCUCAGAAGUCUACGGCGUCAUGUAUUAUAGCCUAGGUGAUUUUUUUUUCUUCUCUUCUCCCAAAUCUUGGCUAGGCCCCGUCGUUCGUUUUCUUCGAAAAAUAGACUGCUGUAAUUGCAUGUUCGCUGUACAGCUCCCCGCAGGAGGCGAGUUGUUUCACCCCUCCAUGUAUGUAACAGUAUCAACCUGGCAGACAUACCGAUGCGCAGUGUAGUGUAUGCUAGUGACUAUGCAAUGUUCGCAUCGUGGCGUUACUUUUGUCCCAAUGUUUUAUCCGCAGAUAAAUAAAUAAAUCCUACUCUGGGGAUUCUUGCCGCUUGAGACUUCUGUCCUCAUAAUCAGGCUUGAAUAUAGCCUACAUUCUGUUAUUGUUCACUUUGACCUUUCACAUUGACCAAGUUCAACGUGAUCAUAAGAGAUCAUGUUGCAUUAUUGAUGCUGAUGAUGGCAGUAGGCUAUAUAAAACGUCAUAAUGUUUAACAUGUGGUUGAAAGUGCUGUGCAGCACAGGCUACAUAUUUUGGCUGCCUACAUUUUAAAGCAUAAUGGGAACUUCCUCAUGGACUGUCGGCUAAUAUGAAGUUCAGGGAAUGAUUCCUCUUGUGUUGCGGUCUGUGUUUGUGCGUGUUUGGGAAUGGAGAAGUGAAUGCGUUUUGCUGUUAGUUUCUGCCUCUGUUUGUGUGUGUGUGUGUGUGUGUGUGUAUGUGUGUGUAGCCUAUGAGAGGCUUUAAACUGAGCUGAAACUCACCCAGCUGCAGCAGUAGCCACAGCAGCAGCUCCGGAAUUGUAAUCUGGCAGGUGGGGCCCAUAAAAGAGAGAGAAAGAGAGCGAGAGAGAGAGAAGGGGGACCUGCCUUGACCUGUUUCAGACAUGAAGGCAAAUUGCUGAUGGCUUUCCAGUCUGACCUACUAGAUGAAGCAGCAUUGAACCAGACGUGGAGAGAAAGACACAAGCAGACAGGCAGACCGAGGCAGAACUCACUCACAGUCACUGGCUGGGAAAGGAUGCAUCCCUGGAAAAUGAUAAUUUAUCCGCAUCAAACGUAGAAGAAAGAGAGACAUCAAAGAAGAGAGUGUGUCUAAACUCACUGGACACAUUACAUAAUAGGAACCAAGUCUUUUAGAUCCCUGCGGUUACAGAGAAGGGACUGACCACGCAAAUGCAUACCUCCCAAACAGUUGUCAAAUAAAAAUCUUGCUCGGGUAAUAGCACCACACAACACACACACCACACAUCACCACAGUAGCCAAUCAAUCAUGUCUGAGUACAAAGACACCACCAAUCGCCACUUGCGUCACAAGCUCCAGAGCCUGGGACGCCGGCUGGAUGAGCUGGAAGAGGCCACCAGUAAGCUCCAGAAGGCUGAGGAUGAGCUGCUGGACCUCCAAGAUAAGAUCAUCCAGGCUGAGGGCAGCAAUUCGUCUCUGCUGGCCGAAGUUGAGACGCUGAGGAAACGAGUGCUCAAGAUUGAGGGCAAGGAUGAGGAGAUCCGCAAGGCUGAGGACCUGUGUCGUUCAGUCCGGGAGAGGCUGGAGGAGGAGGAGAAGCUGACGAAAGGACUGAGGGUGGAGAUUGAACGACUGCAGGCAAGAAUGGCUGAGCUGGAGAAGCUUGAGGAAGCUUUUGGGAAGUGCAAGUCUGACUGCACCCAGCUGUGCCUCAGCCUUAAUGAGGAGAAGAACCUCAACCGCAAGCUCUCCACCGAGCUGGAGGCCCUUAAGGCUCGCCUGAAAGAGGUGGAUGCCUCGGAGGCCCGUCUGGACAAGGCCGAGCAGGCCCUCACCGCUGAGAUGGAGAGGCUCAAAGGCCUCACUCAAGCAUUCUUGAGUGAGAGGAAGAGGCUUUUGGAGAAGCAAAGGGAGGACCGUGAGUUGAUCCUGAAGCUUACAGACAAACUUGAGCAGCAAAAGAACCGGAUCAGCUCAGCAGACUAUGGGUGCAGGGAUUCUAGGGAUCUCCGCAUUGAGGAUGAACUCUCUACAAGCCUCACCAGCAAACUCACCAGGAAGAAGAGCCUUGACUAUCUGAAGUUCACUGAUGAUGCCGGGCUGAGAAAUAAAACGGAGAAUGAGAAGAACAGUUUGGAAGGUCAAGAGGACAACAAGGUCAAGGACUUGAACCAGGAGGUGGAGAAACUGAAGAAUCGCCUGAAGCAACUGGAGCUGGUUGAGGAGGACCUGAAGAACACAGAGUCCAAAAACUCAGAGUUGCUGGAGAAGUUCCAACAGGAGAAGAUCCGAAGCCAAACCCUUGCUGAGCAAGUUGAGCAGCUUAAGACGCAAGUCUACGGCAGUGGCAGCAACGGAGGUGCAGGCAAUGGCACGGCUAAGGUCUUGGAGAAUGGCAAGGUGGAGAAUGAGGACAUCAAUGUCCGGGGAGCGUUCCGUCAGGAGAAGCCGAAAUUGAGGAGUGCCGUUGCUGCGGAGCCUCUUGCUCAGCAGCAGAAGAGAGAGCCCAAACUGCGGAACAAGGACCUUAGCCAGUCAGCAGAAAAUUCUCCCAAGUCUGUCAGAAGGGCACAGAGUCCUGCACCCAAAAGCAGACGAGGUCCGAAGGCCGGUGCCACCCCUGCCUUUGACAACGGCCUUAAAGAAACAAGGAGAGGGUUUGAGGAGAAAUCCGUUCCAGGUUCCAGUCAGGCAUCAAACAGCGACAGCAAGAAGGCAUCUGUUCUCAGACGCUACCCGCCUGCUGCUAAUGACCAGAAAUCAUGGAAGACAACUCAAAAAGCAAGCGAUGUUGACUGUAAGAAAAGCCGGGUGGAGAAGUUCUCCAAGUUGUAUGGCGGUAGUGACAGUGAGUCCAACAGUUCAGAUGUGGUGCCUGUGACUUCCAGCAAGGCUGUGGUUGCUCUUUCAGCCACAAAAGACCCCGACUCUGAACAGGCAUUUGCAAAUCCCUCCCAGGAUUCCUCAGCUGUUUUGAGCCUCUCCAAGGCUAAUGGCUCCUACACGGCCUACCGGUCCCACGUUUCCCCAGCUGUGGCUAGUGACCAAGGAUCUGAGGGGCACUCUUCAGCCUCAGAGAGUGAAUCCACUGGGUCAAGGCCAUCGGUAGGGGAUCAGGAGUCUUCAUCCGCCACUGCAAGUGGCAGGUCAGCUAAUCCAAAGUAUCCCAGAUACUCUCAGAUCCACUCGGAUGGGUCUUCAACAAGGAGUUCCUAUGACGAGGAGGGGCACAGGGCUCUGAUGGCUGAGGGAGGCUCACAGGAACCGUCCCACUCACUCUCAGGGCUUGAGAUCAGGAGGGUCUGUAGUCCACGGGAAGCACUGAGGUCCAAGGCAGUCAUCAAACCAGCCAUCGUUGAGAUAGACCGUAAAGAGGUCAUGGGCGGGUCGGGUGGUGGCACGGAACCUCUGUCAUCCAGUGGCAAGCCCAAGAUCUCUACCAAACCGGUCCUGACCAGCAAGAUGACAAGCAGUAUCACCAUCUACCCCAACGAUCCAAGCUCAUCCCGGACCAGCAGCAGGAGCAGCAGUGUGUGCAGUGAGCCAAUAGCAAAGGAGCGCCACACAUCUACCAGCAACAUCAUCAUUGGCCCCAGCAGCGAGCAUCGUGGCAGUGUGUCCAUCCCGUAUGAAAUUUCCAUCCCCAAGAGCGACAUCACGCUCAGGCCGUGCCAGGAUGAAGCCAACGACGAAGACAAUGGUGUCCCUCCCAGCGUCGUGGAGACGGCCCGUGUGGAGACGCACCUGAGGUCCCGCAGCAGCUUCAGCUUGCAGUCUCCUGAGAGUACGUCUGACUUUAACAACGAUGUUGAGUCGGGCUUCGAGAGCAGCAGCAGUAGCAGCACCACGACAGUCACCAGUUGGAGGAGCCAUAGUCAUAACCACCACCAACCCUACCACCACCACUCAUCCUCCCAGGACGACUGCCUGCCCGAGAUGAGGAACGUCACCGUUCGGAGCACCUGGAAGAACCGUGGGGCCCUGUCUGUGGAUGAGGUCAGCCACGUCCCUCAACUGGAUGGCUCGGAGGAUGAGUCGGAGUCCACCUGGAGGGCGUAUCGUGCCACCACAGUUUUGGAGGGAGAGGAAGCGGGCGCACUACCUCCACAUACGGAGGGGCGUGGAGGAAAGCUGAGCCCAGCAGAAGUUUACAUGCGGCGGAUCACCAGCAGCAGGGAUGCCCAGGAGCCAGGGAAUCCUCGUGUCAGGGCCAUGCAGUCAUCACCCUCCGACAGUGGGCUGGGGAGGACUGUGCCCCAUGAGCCUGUGAGUGCCAAGGAGCGCCAACUCUGGAGCCGAAAGCACUCUAUAGCAACGGAUGAGGGCGAAUCACAGCCAAGUGUGUGGCGAAGGCCAUCGCCCUCUAGCCUUGACCCUUAUGACCGGUCAUCCAGGACAGAUGGCGGCAGCAGCGGCAGGACUGCCAUGUCCAGCAGGAGUGUGGUGGGUCGUACUCCGGACCGAAGCAGGCCUUGGACCAACCGACACUUGGACAACUGACCCUACGAAGACCGCCUCCUUCGCUCCGUCAAGGCACUCAGCUGGCCCUUAUAUGCUGGGAGUGAACCUCAAAUGCACCCUUUGGAAAACAUCAGUGGCUCUCUUCAACAACAACAAAAAGAAACACACACACACUUCCCUCGGCUUUAAGUUAUUCUCAGAGGCAAAAGCUCUUGCUUUAACUGUCUUGUGAGUGUUUGAUCGGCUUCAGUACCCCCUCCACACGCUCCUGUAUAACAGUCUCUAAGUGCAACCACCUACAAAUGGAUAUCAGCCAACUAUACAGCUCCCUGAAGAGGAUGGAUUUGGAACUCCUCACAUGGGGGGAAGGUGUAUGUGUGUGUCUGUGUCUGUGUCUGUGUCUGUGUCUGUGUGGGGUGUGUGUGUGUGUGUGUGUGUGUGUACAGGGCAGAAAUAACAGACAACUGAGAGAGUGAAGGAUUCUGGGAUUGGCCCCCACUUUAGGGACGAUGAACAUUGCUGACCUCACACUAGAGUUGAGGUGAGAGCUGAUUGAUAGUGAUGCACUCUUGCUGUGGAUUAUCUUACCAGGCCAUCAGAUGGAUUGUGGUCAUUUUGGGGACACUCAGGCCUGUUUUGUUUUUUGUUUUUAAUCAUGUCUCACAGCCCAUGUCACUUCCCUUUUCAGUUUUGUUUAUUUUGUUUUGCUGUAUAUCCUCAGUUGGGUAGAAUGGGCACCUCUGGGUAGUUUCUGUUUUCUUGUUUGGCCCUGAAGUGUCGCUUGUGCCCCAGCAUGCUUCCAAAUGCACAGAGGUUUUCAGAUAGGCCUAUAUUAAACUCCGUCUGGGGGCUAACUCUGUCCACAUCCAUGGCCAACGCAAGCAGCACAUCUGCCUGGGUUUUCCUGCUCAUUAAUUACUAUGACAACGCAUAAAACCAUAAACCCCAACACAUCUCAGUUUGAAGCAAAAUUGGUGAAAUUAAAAGGCAAACCUUUAAGUUUCGUUUGACUUUCCUCAGCCGUGUUGCCAUGUUUGGUAAGUCACCUUGUUACACAAAUUAAAAGCAUCAUAUUUCCAUGGCAAGGAAAGUGCUGGGAUUUCCAUGAUCUCUAAUUAGGCUCUUAAGUUGGGCACUGUGUUGGUGAUGGAGCUGAAAAUACCUCAAUAUUCUGUAAGUGUGCAGAUAGAUUGUGAUGUGGCAACUCUGAAAGGGCAUGGAGUUUGUUGCCGUCACUCAGCUAUGGAUGUCAAAGUCAAAGUACCUUUAUUAGUCUCCUCAAGGAGAAAUUUGUUUUGGACUCUGGGGAAAAAUGUGUCAUAUCCACGGUCAUCCCUGUAAAAGGCUCACGGGCUGUAGCCGUGUUAAUCCUUUUUUUUUUGCAAGUUCUUCAGUAGUUCCUUUUUUGGUUGUCUCCAAAUGACUGUAGACGUCUGCUACAUGCUAUUCUCCUGUCCUCACACUAUGUCUCUCUACAAAUCUGGGGGGGGGGGAGGGGGUCAUCAUUGGCACUCCUAACAAUCUCUCCGGUCUCCAAAAGGACAUGUCCACCUCCUCUUCUCCUUCCCUCUACUCCUCUUUGACCACCAGGGAAGCUGUCUCCACAGCAUGCACCUCUUCACCACCAGGAAGGGCCAGACUGGUCCAGUUCUGGUCUGACUCUGGUCCACAUCUGGUUAAGUUGCGGCCCAGGGUCUACAGUCCCUCCCCCAGAUUGCUUUGAGGACGGUUGCCUCCACUCCACUAAGACUUAACGAGGGGAAACUGGAGGUUGGAGGCUGUUGCUCGGCCAGUGCUUAUAGGUGCUGCCACUAAACUUGAACUGGAUGUAUUUCUUUUUGUUUUGUUUUUAUUUGUUUUUCUCCUCUCGCAAACUUUGCACAGACAACCGCGAGUGGACUUCACCCCCCUCCCCCCCCCCCCCCCCCCCCCCCCCUCCCGAAUCAGAUGGCUCAUUCUCCCCACAGGGGGUGUGGCGGGCCACAGGAACGAAGUCCAGGUUUGGGUGGAGACGGAGUCAGUGCAGAUGUGACUGGGUUCGCAGCGCGAAUCGACAAGUAUCUAACGUUUUUUUUUUAUUUGUUUAUUUGUUUCCUCUGUAUCUCUUUGUUGUUGUUGUAUAUGCUUCCAUACAACCCAUUAGUCUCUCACGGGGCUGUGGUGCCUUGUAUGUGGAGAUGGUGUUGAUAUUUGGAUAUUUGACAUGUGGGUUUGACACAAAUGAAAGAUUCGUAAUACUAUGGUCAGUUGUCACCAAAAGGUUAACUCUGGUCAGUCUGGACAGGCCACACAUCAGGGAUGUAAAGAGCCUCAUGAGAGAAGGUGUGUGUGUGUGUGUACUCAUUUAGUUGCAGUUUAACCUGUUUAUUUUUAUUUUUAUCUCUGUUAUUCCGAAGUAGAGAAGUUUUAGAUUGAUGGUAUGAUUGAUGUGAGAUUAAUGGUAUGAAUGAGCCCCAGGCCACUAGGUGUGUGUGUGUGUGUGUGUGUGUGUGUGUGUGUGUGUCAGUGUCAGAGAGAGUACAUGCCAGGUGCCCUUUUGGUUUGUUAAAUGUGUUCCAGUGAACAUAUCCGGUGUCAGCUUAUUUCAGACAAGCAGGUAGCCAGGCUCCAUCCGCUGCAUUGACGAAAUACACGCACGCACGCACACACACACACACACACACACACACACACACACACACACACACACACACACACACACACACACACACACACACACACACACACACACACACACACACACAGUCCUGGUCCCUGUUUUAGAAAUGUCCACCCUGCUCCUCACAACAUUCCAGUUUAAUUCCUUGCAGCGUUUCCAGUUUAGACUGGGUCCUGUCCCCUCAACCUGCCACUAAAUAUACACCCUGCCCCCCAUUCCCCCCCCCCGUGUCAUCUGGCACAGUUAGCACAAGAAGAGGAUGGGGCUGCACAACCUCAGAAGAAAACAAUACAUUUUUGGAUGAAUAUAGGAUGACAUCUUCUCAUUUAUUGAUCCACUUUUUAUUGGAUACUAUUCCAGUACCGCUAUUAAGAGGAUUUUAGCCCUGGUCAGAUUUAAGAGUUGACCUCGUAUAGACACUGUGUAUUGUUGGACACUUUCUUGUGCCAGCCAGGGUGGAUAGCAUUCCCCUAAGCAAGCCCUCCUCAGCCAAACGCAGUCAUUCAAGAAAUGUGCUCCCCCACUUCCACCCCCGCAUAAGCUUCACUGGCAAAGUUGCUUUUAUAUUCAUAUUCAGACAGUGUGGUGUUGAUGUCUGUCUGUACUUGUGGUUCACUGCACAUUCAACCACCAGCACUCAGGCAAUUCCCCAAGUCUCACACCCCCAGAGUCCAUUAGCAUUCUACUCUUAUGUCUGAGGUCUGACCAACCCCCCAUCAUCACCACCACCACCACCACCAAAGACCCUUCCUAAAUUCCCACAAUGGCCUAGGCUGGCCAAGCUGCCCCUGGAAAUGGGCUGGCUUAGACCUGGGCCAGGUUCGGGGCUUGACACACCCCCUGCCCACCCUCCAAUGGGUGGCUGGCUGUUGAGAGCCAAUCCUGUUCUUAUUUUUAUUAGUUUUUCCCCCAGAGAUCUUUUGGGGGUCUAAAUACAGGAGGAAGCUGGACAGUUUGGCACGCAUGCCCAUCCCAGGCAGUGGGGGCAGUUUGGCAGCCUUGAGAGUGCACUGACUUAGCAGGGGAUGCAGCUUAACAGCUGCUUCGAACCUCUACCCGGGCUGCAGGAAGUGAGCUGAACUGAGCAUCCAGUGCUACUGGCCAGCAGCCGCUCUCACCUUCCUGUUUUCUCUUUUCCUCUCUCUCUCUCUCUCUCUCUCUCUCUCUCUCUCUCUCUCUCUCUCUCUCUCUCUCUCUCUCUCUCUCUCUCUCUCUCUCUCUCUCUCUCUCUCUGCCAAGUGGGCCCAAGUGCAGUGGCUAUAAAUGAAUAUGUCAGUUAAUGCGCAGCUUCCUGAACCUGAAUCAUCUGAGAUCGGACUGAGAAAGCACUGCUGUGUAACACACACACACACACACAGAUGCAUGCUUGCAUGGCCGUCAGCAAGCCUCCCACACUCUGUCUGUACCUUGCUGACCCCAGAGCACCCUUUAAUUCCCUCUGCCUUCUGCAUGUGCCCUCAGGUGGGGGAGUAGCAGUGCAAGGCCACCUGGCUCCCAGGAAGUGUGCAACUGUCGGAAACUGUAGUUUUAAUGUGCCCAAGAUUCCUCUUAGCCAAAAGGCUUGGAAAAUGGUGCCUUCAUAAAGGUCAGGUUAGUGUGUGUGUGUGUGUGUGUGAGAGAGAGAGAGAGAAAGAAAGAGAGAGAGAGAGAAACGGCUGCUUUCAAUUCAGCUGAGACCCGUAGAUCACCUCUCCCCCAAAUAAAUACACAUUCACAAACAUGUAUACACACAUGCGUACACACGCUCACAUACCUACACAUAUGCCCCCACACACCCCAUAUGGACCCCCUUCCCAUACAUAUCCAGUGCUGCAGCAGGGUGUAGGCUUUCACAGAAGAGGAUUUUCUAAGAACACAACCUGCAAGGGCUGACCAAAUGAUACUCUUUAGUGAAACAGUUCUGCUUGUUUGCUGAUUCUCAUAAUCUACUGAACCAAUACCAGCUACAAGUGCAAGUCCUUAUUUCCAAUCUAAGUUUGUAGGCUCUCCAGGGAUAGAAUUCCACUCGUCUUUUUUGUUUGUUUGUUAUUUGAUUCAUUCCUACAUUUACCUGCCAACCAACACACAUUCUCUCUCUUUCUUUCUCUCUCUCCCUCUCUCUCACACACAUUUUUCUCUCACACAUACACACACACAAACACCUCCUUUUAGAAAUGAAUCUUGAAUAUAGGCAACAUAGCAGCAGACAGGCACCUGAAUUGAUGAAUUGGCAUGUGUCCUCAAUGGCAGCCGUUAGAAAGGAGGUGUCAUGGUGGCAGUGGACCUCAGGGCCACUAUUCUGCACUUAACCAGCACUUAAAAAGACCCAUUUAAAAUAAAGCCCCUUUUAUUUCUCUACCUUAACAUGUUGUUUCUCUCUCUCUCAUAUCUUUUGCAUUUGUUGUAGAAGUAUAUAUUACACUUUUUUUCUUAUUUACUGAAUGUAUGGCCAUCUGAGAUGUGUGUAUAUAGUAUGUGUAUUUGUUUUGCACUGGCCAAAAGGAAAUUCGUUAAAUUGCUUAGCAAUUGCAGGACAGCUCCCCGAGGGGAGUUGUGGAUUUGUUAAGUUUGUUGUACAGACGACAAAAGUGCUAUUUUUGUUUAAAUUGUCAUCGUUUCUUAAAGCACGGGGCUUUGAUUUGACCCGUGCCUAUACCUUCUAAUAUUUGUGCCAAAAUCAUUCCAGAAUAUAUCCAGUUUACAGUUUUAACAGGUCUGUUCAGUUGUGUUGGAAUAAAGGGUAAAUAUUUGAUUUUGUCUUUCAUUUAGUAAACUUAACUUGUCCAUCGUUAUGUGACGAUGUACAUUUUUUUUUUAAGCGAAAAAGAUGUCUUAUUUUGGAAGUUUUAUUUAAAAGAAAAUCAUGUAAUUUUGUAAUGUGGGCCUACUUUGAUAUUUGGAGUGAGUUUAGUUUCCCUUUUUAAUGUUAAGAUUGUUCUUUUUUGUCAUUCUCUUUAAUACACUCCUGGAGAGUAAUUCUUGAAUGCAUGGGAUCUCUUAAACCCUACGGGUGUGUUUUGGACUGUGCUUAGACCAGAUGGAAUGUGUUAGAGAUCUGAAUAAGAAUAUCAAUGGAUGGAUGUGAUGGAUCAGUCAACUGAAUGAACAGUGUUAUCGGAAGUUGCUUUUCUAGUAUUGGCUGUCUCCUCAUCUGUUCUAGGGUGCAUCUCCUGAAAGUUUCAUUGUGCAACUACCAUCAUUAAGCGUCCAUCAUGUCAUCCGGACUCUCUCCUAGUUAGCCCAGUGAUGCAGUGAUGCUUUGGGGAGAUGCGCCGUCAUGCAGGAGCUGCUUUGUGUUCCUGCUCACUCUGGGUCUCCCUGCCAACCCUAUCAGUCCAUCCAGCCCUCUGGGUUGGCUCACAGCGUACUGUGUGCAAGAGCGCUGCCAAAGAAAGUCAGAUCUUAAAACACAGACACAGACAUACUUAUUCCAGGUGUCACACAUACAUGUCUGUAUGCCUCUAAAUCCAUUGGCACAGCCUGUGAGACACACACACACACACACAUAAAUGGCACAGCCUGUGAGACACACACACACACAUACACACACACGCACUUCACCCAUGCAUUUUGGCCACAAGGAAAAAACAGCCCUGUACAAUUUAACAAGGGAGUUUGACAUGAACAUGGGGUAUGUGGUUUGUAUUUUUUAUUAAAGCAGUGUUUGUAAAAUGGAUAAACCCCACCACAGUCUCCGUGGGGGUGGGGGUGGGCUAUGACAAUGAAGAGGAUAAAACUGCAUCUGAACAAAUUGGCAUAUUGUUGCUUAGUGCUUCUCUGUAUAUCAGCAAUAGAGGGUCGCUAGUGUGGCCCGCCUCACUGUUCUGGUAAUUCUUUGUGCAUGUAUAAUCUUACCAUGAGCUGCAUGUAGGACUCUAAGCUCCCCCGCUGUACAGGAGACUAUGUAUUCCAGUUCAAUAAAAAGCAACCUAUUUGUAACA